CCUGAAUAUUCUAACCAGGAAAUAAAUUACGGAAGUAGCUAGCUGACAGAUCCAUGCUUCUUUAAAAUAGCCGUGAUAUUGCAAUUUCGAGAUGCAAAAUGGCGAGCAGAAUUCGGGGAUUUUAUAAUGCACAAAAUAUGAACUAAUAGACAUUGCAUUUGAUAGGUAAAAGAAAUGAGGAGACGAUAGCUAGCCAUGGUUAGCCUAGCACCUGCCGACAUAUGUGACCUUAAUGUCCAGUCCAUAAACUACACUAACGUUACAGUAUGAGCAAUUCAUCUACCGACGUUAAUCUGCCUCAGCUAAAUUCUCUCUCGGUUUCGCAUCUGUCCUCGGCUCUGGUCAGAAGAGGAUAGCGUCGCUACAGUAUCUGACUGGCACAUUUCGUAUUUGAAGGACUAGACGGAGUCAGGAGCAUGUUUCAGAAGAUCUCUUUCACGGCGCUCAUAGUCGGGGUGUUCGUUGUGUAUGUUUCGCACACUUGCUGGGUGAUGUAUGGCAUCGUUUACACCAAGCCUUGUGAGAACCCCAAAUUCGAAAACUGCAUCAACCCUUAUUUGGCAGGAAAACCAAGACUGCAGGUUGGUAUGCAUCAUUGCAAGCCAGCUAGAUGAAAAAACGCAAGCUUGCCAGUCAAGACAGUUGUUUUGGGUGUGAAAAUUGAUUCGUGAACAUUUUCUGUGUUCUUUAUUCCCCAUUCUCAGCUGAGUAUCUAUACAGCCUUGCGACCCAAUGCUGAUGGUGGACAGACCCUCAUUCACAAGGAGGAGGACUUUGAUGUUGAGACCAAGUUUGAAAGGUGCAACAUUUCUUACGGUUACAGGAUAUGGCGGUAUCCAUCGUGCUUAUUACAUCUGACUGACUGAUAAUCACCUAUGGAAACUUUGUGGUAGACACAGUCAGUGAUCUCUGGGUAUUUGCAGGAUGACUAGGACUUCAUGUUAGCAAGUCACCUGGAGCCAAAACGGGUGCAGAUAUCUGCCCACAUUCAUAGUAACUGAUUAACAUUGAACAAACCGACUAUAGAGACUACUUCAACCUGCAAAGUUCUACCUCUCCCUGCUAUAUUCACCUAUCUAUCCCUUUCCUAUAGGAUAGUGAAUGUGUCCCUCCCGAAGAAGACCCGUAAGAAUGGGACUCUGUAUGCCAUGGUGUUUGUACACCAGGCAGGCAUGUCUCCGUGGCAGGACCCCAGACAGGUGCAUCUGGUGUCCCAGCUCACCAGCUACAUGAUACCCAAACCACCAGAGGUCAGCCUGAUCUCAGGGGAGGAAGCACCACAGGUCAGACUACUAUUACACCACACAAUGGCUGCGUUCUAAAUGGCACCCUAUAUAGUACACUACUAUGGGGCUCUGGUCAAAAGUAGUCCACUAUAAGGGAAUAGGGUGCUAUUUGGGACGCAACCAACACUUACAAGAUCCAAAGCAAGACAUUUAUACAUCUCUUUAUUAUUAGGAUGUGUCCGUGUGCACAGGCAGUGGCUUGCCUUGGAAUCAACCAUUCUGAAUUGUCCCUGUAUAGCAUAUAUUUUUUAAUGUUUGUCUACAUAAGUCUGUUACAUUUGAAUGCCUUUCACAUUGGAAUGCAUUUCUGUGGAGUACGUCUUUCAAACUGUCAUGCUGAUUGUGAUGUUCAGUUUUUCCUCUUGUCUUUUUCUCUCUGGUCUGCUGUUGUCAUUGUGCCCAGGGCAGGUGGAGCAGCAGAAACAGAAGCCUAAAAGAGGUGACUCUGCAGUGGACCGGCCCGUGUCUCACUGGCGCUCCCGUCUCACCCUCAAUGUGGUGUCAGAGGACUUUAUCUUCGACAGGGACUUCCUGCCCAGCGACGUGCACCGCUACCUGAGAGUGUAAGAACACACUUAUGAUACAAUCUAGAAUUGAAAUUCAUCAUACACUCACAAAUGGACACCUGGAACUAACGAUACAGUACACCUUCUUCAGGGUGAAGAAGGCACAGUGAUGCUGAAAUAUUGGUGGUUUACCCAAUCAAUUACUGGGAGCUUGUAUAUAGAGUGUGCGACUCUUUAUUUAUUUUUAUAGCCUACAGUUUACCCGCCGUUAGUCAGCAUCUCUACCAACCUUUUUUGGGGGGGGUGCACCAGCUCAUGCUUUUUAUUACAAUACAAAAAUGUAAACUUCAAAUUCCAGAGCCUUUUUAUUCAAUCAUUUAUAUGUUUUCCUUGAUUGUUUUACUGUGUUCCAGAUUUCAAAAUGGAAAGAAGAGGAUGUACCUUCCACUGCUGUUUGUGGAUGAGCUGAGCAACAGAGUGAAAGACUUGCUGGAGAUCAACAGCACCAGCACAGAACUCCCUCUCACCAUCUCCUAUGACACCAUCUCCCUCGGGAAACUCCGCUUCUGGAUUCACAUGCAAGAUGCCGUCUACUCCCUGCAACAAUUCGGUGAGUAGUACUAUAGAAAUUGUUUACCGGACACAGAUUAAGCCUAGUCCUGGACAAAACAUUAUUUUCCAUUUCAGAUUCUUCAUUGAGAUUGCUUUUUAGUUCAGGACUAGCCUUUAAUCUGUGUCAGGGAAAUAGCACCCAAUAUGCUAGUUGAUACUAGUGUGCAGAAUUGACACUAAUCUGCAUGAGUCGUUCUACCUACCGCCAGAGGAUCACAAACUGAACGACCACAUCACGAGAGAGACAUCUGUCUUAUCGUUGCUGCUGUUAUGUCAUUAAUGGAGUCUGAGUGGAAGAGGUUCUGCAACUGUAGUAAGAAAUAUAAUAAUAAUAUAAUAUAAUAAUAAUAUAAUAAUAAUAAUAAUAAUAAUAAUAUAAUAUAAUAAUAAUAAUAAUAUGCCAUUUAGUAGACGCUUUUAUCCAAAGCGAUUUACAGUCAUGCGUGCAUAAUUUUUUUUUUUUUGUGUAUGGGUGGUCCCGGGGAUCGAACCCACUACCUUGGCGUUACAAGCGCCGUGCUCUACCAGCUGAGCUGAGCUACAGAGGACCACGAGGACCAUAUAUAAUACAAUCCUUUGUUUUGUCUGUUUUGAACAUGCAAAUCAAUGUUUGAUAAAUGCCCACAAGAAAAUCACUUUUUUUAAACUGAAAGACGAUACCCAGAGCUUACCCAUGAUGUUGCACAAUGAUUUAAGUCAAUAAGUCAUAGUUUGAUAUAUUUGGGCUUGAAGUGGGAAAUCCGAAGUGGGAUUUUUUCAGUGGCAAUGCCGUGUGUUUCCCCUGUGAUAUGACGUGCUAAUGCUUUUCAGUCUACAUUUAUUCUCAGGGGUUUUAUUUGAAAGUUACCACCCACCAGCAUGGCAUUGUUUAUUAAUCAGAAACACCUGCAAAGUUCUUCGUCUUCGCGAGUCCGGACUGAGCAAAAAAGGUUUUCGCCGUAGCCUACACUGAGCCAUGGAGCUAAUUAAAAUAGGGGGUGUAAACUUAGGUUUUUGCACCUCCCCCUUUUUUUUUACCAGAAGAUUAACAUAAUCAAUUGGAUAAUUUGUGAAUUUUCACUAAUUGAUGAGCUAGUCUUUAUAUAGAAAAAUAUGACAAUUUUAUAAAUGAUAUAAUUGUGUGAUAUGAUUGCAUUUUGCAACCCUGCUCAUCUGUUGCUUCACAGCUUUGAUUGGUGCAGCUAAACCACAAGUGUCUAUCCUAUAAUGAACAGGCACCCACGAAAGAAAAUUCAAGUCACUUGUUUAUCUAUUUUGUUGUGCUGUUACAUUUGUAUUGGUGUUUCGUGUCUGAUGCGCUCAGGGUGUUUUGCAAUGUAAUUUACAACGUGCAUCAUGAGCAAAGUCAUUGUAGCCUAUCAUUUUACUUCCCCUGUGAGAACCAUGAGCACGGGCUGACUUGGCUUUGCUGUACCGCAGCCUUCCUACCAAGGGUUGCACCUUGUCCAUUACAAUGUAGAAAAAUGCUUGUCUCUUAUGGAAGAUGCCAAAACGUUGGAGAUGACAAUAGAUGGUGAUGUCAAAGAUACUGGUUUCCAUCUGUGGUGAAGUUUUCCCUAUUAUGCUUAUGACAAAUCCAGCUCCAGAACCAGCCAGCUGGCUAAUCUUUUGAAUACGGUGUAGUAAAAAAAACAAAAAAAAAAAACUGGCAACAACAGAUAUCAUUAGCUUGCUAGAUAAGGUUAGCAAGAUAGCUAACUAAGGUUAGCAUGCUAGCUAGCUACACUGACAUGCGUCAGUUCUCUAUUUGUUGAUGUUUUUCCAGUCCACGUGGAAAUCUCCAGGACAUUUUUUUCCCACCCCCAAUUCGUGAUUAUGUAUAGGAAGCCUGCGUCAUUCUUCGGAGGUGGAACCUAAGCAAAUUUGGUUUGUUGUGAUUUCAGGCUUCACUGAGAAAGAUGCUGAUGAAAUCAAGGGCAUUUUCGUGGAAACCAACCUGUACUUCUUAGGCCCUCACCUUCUUCGUAGCUGCCUUUCAUGUAAGAAUGUGAAGUCUUACUGUUCCAUAUAAAUUAAGUGACGAUCAUCUUUAAUGUUUACAUUUUGAAAUGUUUUGUCAUUUAGCCGUCGCUCUUAUCCAGAGCAACUUACAGGAGGGCAGAUUUGUUUCACCUAGUAGGCUCUUAGAUUCGAACGAGUGACCUUUCAGGCCUUUACUGGCCCAACACUCCUAACCGCUAGGCUAUGUGCCGCCCACAUGCAUGACUGAGAUUCACUCAAUUAUUCCUGUAUCACAUUGCAUCUUAAAAGCGUGUUUCAUUUGCAGCUCCUAUUUGAUUUCCUGGCCUUCAAACAUGACAUCAGCUUCUGGAAGCAGAAGAAAAGCAUGGUGGGGAUGUCCAGCAAAGCAGGUGGGUUAACUUCUUACUAGGAUACUGUUAGGCAGGGUUGGGGUCAAUUCCAAUUGAAGUAAUUCAGGAAAUUAUUUGAAUUUAAAACUUUUAAAAUAAAUACAUAGCUUCUCCUUUUCUGUUUAUUGAGAAAAAUAUAUAAUUUUUUAAUGUAUUGAAUUGGAGUUUCAGUUUACUUCCUGAAUUACUUUUACAUUUUAGUCAUUAUCCAGAGCGACUUAGGUAGUGCAUUCAUCUUAAGAUAGUUUGGUGAGACAACCACAAAUCACAGUCAUAGUAAGUACGGUGGGGGGGGGGACGACAUUGGCUAUUCGGUGGAAUUCAAUAUAUGCCUUUGUGUGUGUGUGAUAUUAUAUUCCAGAUAUACACAGAGUAUACCAAACAUUGAAAAAAAAAUAAUAAUAAUCGUGAUUACGAAACAUGAUCCGCCAAACCGCGCUUCUUAACACCCAAUCGCUUAACCCGGAAGCCAGCUGCACCAAUGUGUCGGAGGAAACACCGCUCAACUGACGACCGAAGUCAGCAUGCAGGCGCCCGGCCCGCCACAAGGAGUCGCUAGAGCGCGAUGAGCCAAGUAAAGCCCGGCCGGCCAAACCCUCCCCUAACCCGGACGACGCUGGGCCAAUUGUGCGCCGCCUCAUGGGACUCCCGGUCACGGCCGGGAUCGAACCCCAGGCUGUAGUGACGCCGCAACAUUGCGAUGCAGUGCCUUAGACUGCUGCGCCACUUGGGAGGCGGUGGAGCGUUCUUGAUACACACAGGGAACUGUUGAGUGUGAAAAAGACCAGCAGCGUUGCAGUUCUUGACAAACGGGUGCGCCUAGCAUCUACUACCAUACCCCGUUCAAAGGCACUUCAAUAUUUAGUCUGGCCCAAUCACCCUCUGAAUGGCACACAUACACAAUCCAUGUCUCAGUUGUCUCAAGGAUUAAAAAUCCUUCUUUAGCCUGUCUCCCCUUCCUCUACACUGAUUUGAAGUAGAUUUAACAAGUGACAUCAGCUUUCACCUGGUCACUCUGUCAUGGAAAGAGCUGUUCUUAAUGUUUUGUCUACUCAGUGUAUAUGCAACGUUUGACAAUUCCCCUUACAUGUGUUUAUGUUGUGGUCCUUUCCAGUACUGUGGAGGUGUUUCAGCACCAUUGUGAUUUUCAUGUACCUGUUUGAUGAGCAGACCAGCCUGCUGGUCCUCAUUCCUGCUGGAGUAGGCUCCAUUAUCGAGGUACGUCUCCUCACAUGCAUUUAGUGGCUUUGUCCCUAAUAGUCCCUAUGUAUUUUUAUUUGACCUUUAUUUAACUAGGCAAGUCAGUUAAGAACAAAUUCUUAUUUACAAUGACGGCCUACACCGGCCAAACCCAGACAACGCUGGGCCAAUUGUGCGCCGCCCUAUGGGACUCCCAAUCACGGCCGGUUGUGAUACAGCCUGGAAUCGAACCAGGGGGUAUUGCACUACUUUUGAGCAGGGCUACCUAUAUCCCGAUUUAACUGUCGUUCCUCACAAAGUCUGCACUUGUUUAAUAAUUCACAGAUUUUUUAAAGGAUAUGACAGGUAUAUAGAUUCCAAAGGAUAUGACUGGUAUAUAGAUUCUAAAGGAUAUGACUGGUAUAUAGAUUUUAAAGGAUAUGACUGGUAUAUAGAUUUUAAAGGAUAUGACUGGUAUAUAGAUUCUAAAGGAUAUGACUGGUAUAUAGAUUCUAAAGGAUAUGACUGGUAUAUAGAUUUUAAAGGAUAUGACUGGUAUAUAGAUUCUAAAGGAUAUGACUGGUAUAUAGAUUUUAAAGGAUAUGACUGGUAUAUAGAUUUUAAAGGAUAUGACUGGUAUAUAGAUUCUAAAGGAUAUGACUGGUAUAUAGAUUUUAAAGGAUAUGACUGGUAUAUAGAUUCUAAAGGAUAUGACUGGUAUAUAGAUUCUAAAGGAUAUGACUGGUAUAUAUAUUCAAAGGAUAUGACUGGUAUAUAGAUUUUAAAGGAUAUGACUGGUAUAUAGAUUUUAGGAAUAUGGUAAAAUGAAUUUAAAAGGAAUGAUGUAUUGAUUCCAAGGUAUGACUGGUAUAUGGGUUUUUAAGGAUGACUGGUCAAAAGUUUUUAAGGUUCGUUAUAUUUUAAAGGGUUGACUGUAUAGUUUAAGGUAUAAUGGGAUUAGAUUCCAGGGUUGACUGUAUUAGAUUUUAGUUGCUGGUAUAUAGAUUCCAAUGGUUUACUGUAUAUAGUUUUAGGGUAUACAUGUAUGAUUCCAAGGAAUGACUGGUAUUAGUUUUAGGUCAUUUACUGUCAAAGGAUUUUAACGUAUGACUGGUUAAGAUUUUAAGGUAUGACUGUAUUUAGUUUAAGGGUAUGCACUGGUUGAUUCCAGUCUGACUGGUUCAUAGAUUUAGGAUAUGACUGGUCUCUAUCCAAGGUGACUGGUAUAGUUUAAGAUAUGACUGUAAAAGAUUUUAAAGGAAUGACUGUAAAAAGAUUUAAGAUAGCUGGUUAUGUUUAAAGGAUAUGACUGGUACAUAGUUUUAAGGAUUGACUGGUCUCGUUUGAUUGACUGGUAUAUGAUAUCAAGGUUGUGUAUUCCGAUUUAAGGAAUAUGACGGAUAUAGAUUAGGAUAUGACUGGUAAUAUAUUCUGGUGAGACUGCAUAGAUUUACAAUAUUGUUUGAUUUAAAAAGACAAUAACUAAAGGAUUAUACUUUGGGACCCAGGGCUCUGGGAAUAGGGUUCCAUUUGGAACGCAGACAGUGUUUCCUUAAGGUUCUCUAUUUGCACAGUUACUGUUGUUCACGUUAGUAAAAUGUAUUUCGUCAGAUUGAGUUGAUAGUCUUUUUCUGUUUGCUGCACUUGGUGCACUAUUCAGUGACUCAAUGUUUUCCUCCUUUUGUAUGUUUGGUCAUUCAAACAUCCUGUGUCCUGGUUUCUCUUAAUCCCCUAUGUUUUAGAUCCUUGUAGGUUAUUGUGUUCUUGUAGUUUGUUGCACGGUGUCCUCUCGACGCCUGACUGGUUUAUCUGUCCCUCUACAGGUGUGGAAGGUGAAGAAAGCCUUUAAGAUACAGAUUGUCUGGAAGGGUGUAAAACCAACAUUUAUAGUAAGCCUGGUUUGUUUGGAAGGAUAUCCGAGUUCAUUUCUUCAGGAUUACGUUUGGUCUCCGUUUGUUCUACAUUGAUAUCAAGUGUGUGUUUUUCUCCCUGCAGUUUGGAAAGUCUGACGAAUCAGAGAGGAGGACUGUAGAGUAUGAUACUCUGGUGAGACUUGCCAUAUACAUUUGUUUUGUCCAUUUCAAAAAGCACCAAACACUACAUGUGUUCCUUUCUCCUCAGUGUGUAUAUAAGUAGCAUUGUCAUAAAUAGCAUCCAUUUGAUUUUCCUUUCAACGUUCUUCUCUUCCCAGGCAAUGAAGUACCUGUCGUAUUUACUCUACCCAAUGUGUAUUGGAGGAGCGGUUUAUGCCUUAGUGUUUUUGAGAUACAAAAGGUAGGCUAUAACAUUGUCUGGACAAUAACAUAUCGAUUCCCCCCUUGGAGCCUCGAUGUUGCCCAGACCCGGUCUACUAUGCGUUUUGAAUGUGUAAUAAUGUCUCCUCUGCUUUCUGUUUGGCAGUUGGUACUCCUGGAUCGUCAACAGUUUAGUGAAUGGUAAAUUCUCUGACAUUACCCAGAAGCCAGCAUGAUUUGCUGUAAUUUACUUUUAAAAGCCAGAUUUACCAUAAGCGUUGUUUUUUUUUGUUUAGAUCAAUUGUUUUAUUAUAUGUUCAGUCAUUAGGCAGAAUCAUUGGACAAAUAAAAAAUGCAUUGUCAGUGCACGUCCAUGAUCAUCAAUAAUAGAAGUAUUGUUAUUCCCAUUGAUGGUUUAUUUUUUGACAGGAGUAUACGCUUUUGGAUUCCUCUUCAUGCUACCUCAACUCUUUGUUAACUACAAGGUCAGUUACAUUAUACAUUUUAGUCAUUUAGCAGACGCUCUUAUCCAGAGCGACUUACAGUUAGUGAGUGCAUAAAUUUUUUUCAUACUGGCAUGCUGCCGCAUACUGGCGCCAUGCUCUACCAACUGAGCUACACGGGUAUACUGAGCGCUAGUGCACGUCUUCCGUGGUGUAUUAUCACAUGACGCUAAAAUCCAGACGCUGGUGUCCAUAUCGAUUUUAUUCUUGUUUCAACAGUUCAAAUCCGUGGCACAUCUACCCUGGAAAGCAUUCAUGUAUAAAGUGAGUGAAUUGUAUCAGGCCUCAUUUGAGAGAUCGUCAGGUUUUACACUGUUAGAUGGAAAUGGUUUUUAUCAUUGACGGGCGAUAAGAGUAUGGUUACCAGAAUGUGUAAUAAUUGUUGCAAUGAAACAUCCAUAAAUCUAUCCGAAAAUAGACAUAAUAAGGUGAUGAAAAUGAAGCUGAAGGACGUUUAAUGAUAGUCGGUUUAUAUUUAUUGCGUCUCAUCUUGUCCAUCCCCAGGCGUUCAACACCUUUAUCGACGACAUAUUUGCCUUCAUCAUCACCAUGCCCACCUCCCAUCGGCUAGCCUGCUUCAGGGAUGAUGUGGUCUUCCUCGUCUACUUGUACCAGAGAUGGUAAGCCACACGGCAGACACACACACACACACACAGGUGUAGGAUCUUCAUUUGAUCACUGUUUUGUUGCUGAGAAUUUCCCAACGCUGCAGGAAAUGUAGAUGAGCUUUGUGAUUUACAUAAUUUCACUGAAAACCCACACUAACACAAGGUUAUAUUAACAGUAUUGCACUUUUUAAAGUAUCCUACUUUUGUCCAGCUAAUAGCCUAACCACCGAUCAAGCAACAUUAUAGACUAAACGUUCAAAUUCUGUUGCUGCAGGAUUAUUUAUCUGCGACAAUACUGGUCAAAUUAAGAUCCUACACACACACACACACACACACUGCAGUUUCCCUAAAUUGACUGUUGCAGUUGGUAAAAUGAGUCACUUGUAAAUAACACGAUCUCCAAUGCUACAACAGAAUAUCCUCACAUUGACCGCAUCAAUUUGUUUACUACAACCUUUACCCCACUCUUUUUCUCUCGUAAGGCUGUAUCCUGUUGAUAAGACCAGAAUGAACGAAUACGGACUGUCUUACGACGAGGAAGAGAUACCCGAAGGAAAGGCCCACAAAGACUAAAACUGAUCACAGACACACAUGCAGGUCCUGAGAGCCAUGUGUAGAAGAUGGACCUACACGUCGCUGUGCUGGGAUGGGGUACUAUGCCUGUAAAACACUUUGGUGUUAUUUGUCACAAGGUGGAUUUGCCUCGUAGGGAAGGUUCAGAUAUCCUUACUGCUCUCCUAAGCCCCUCACUCCCAGCCAGUCACCACCCACCUUAUACCUACCCAGACCAUUGAAGACUUGAGUGGGCUUACCUAAGCAAUACGAUGCCUAGCACAGCACUGGUUGAAUUGGCCACAGCUGCCACCAGUUGAAGGAGCAUGGACCAACCCAUUAUGUAUAACAUGAUUGGUGAAUGUGUUUGUCUAUGGAAUGGGACCAACUCAGUCCCCCUCCCCUUGCCCGCCUGCCUGCACCUGUUUUCCCCCAUCCAACUUAUAAAAAUAAAUAAAACACCUGGUGCUUCAUAUCAUGAUGUCAUCAUCAGGAGACGCUAACUGAUGUCACCACGUUUUGUUCUCUUGGUCAAAGCGAACAGAAUCCUGUUUGAUAAUUCAGAAGAAGAUCUCAGCUUUUAUGUUUGUAUUUGACCUUUGUAAAGUAUUAGAACAUGAAGACCACGAGAUGAUGGUGCCAAAUAUGGGAAAUUAUAUUUGAUGUGCUUUGAAUGUGAAAAUGUGUGAUGUUACAUUUUGUUAAUUGUUAUUAAAGCAUUCGAUAAUG